CUGACAUGGGGCUCCAUCCUAGGACCCUGAGAUCAUGACUUGAGUUGAAACCAAGAGUUAGAUGCUUAACCGACUGAGCCACUGAUACCUCCAAAUGAUUGUAUUUUUAUAAGGAAAUAGAUUUGUCACAGUGGACUUGGCAAACAGAAAAGGACAGUGAAAUGAAUCUGGAUGUACUGUAUAUAAAUUGUAUAACUUGCCGUGUCUGAGACGCCUGUUACAGUCAGUGCACUGCCAGAAGAUCCUGUCCAUGAGGGACUGUUGAGAUGUGGAAUUUUGUGACACAUUGUGCUGACAAUUUUUGUUUUCUGCAGAUGUAUAAUAUGAAUUAUACUUUCUGUAUAGCCAUAGAUAGAUUCUCAUUCCUGAGGUCUCUUGUAAUGGAGUAAGAGAGAUAUUUAUUCACCAUUGGGAAGAUGAGACAGUGAAAAUAAGAUAUUUUUUUUAAAUAAGAUAAUUAAAUUGAUUUCUCUGGGAAAUAACAAUAUCCAGAUUGAAGUUGGUUUUUUACACUCAUUUAUAUAUUUUGUAAAUAUUUAAGUCCCUUAGAUCCCAUCUUUCCUAUAUUUUCUUAUGACAAUCUACAUGCAUGCAGAAAACCUGAAGGGUUUGCUACACUGAAUGUCCGUGUACCCACCUGUGUGGAUGGAUAGAUGUGACGACGCCAGUACAGCAAAAAUGUGAACAGUUGGGUCACAUGUUAACAAGGAGAUUCUCAGGUAGAAAUAUUUUACCUUAGAUUUAUACACACGUAUCCACACACAUAUAUAUCCAAACACUUAUACACCUAAUCAGUUUACUAAAAGACAACUGGAAGUUGUCCUCUCAUGGUAGGUUUUCUGACAUUAAACUGUCUUGUCCAUUUCUGGGAUAAAGUCUACUUGGUGAUGAUGUUUUAUUAUUUCUUUAAGGUACAGCUGGAUUUAGUUUCCUAAUGUUUUAUUUAGGAUUUUUGCAUCUAGUUUUAUAAGUAGAAUUGACUACUGGUUUUCUUUCUCUCUCUCUUUUUUAAGAUUUUAUUUACUUAUUCAUGAGAGAUACAGAGAGAGAGAGGCAGAGACAUAGGCAAAGGGAGCAGCAGACUCCCAGUGGGGAGCCCGAUGUGGGACUCGAUCCCAGGACCCCCGAAUCAUACCCUUGAGCCAAAGCCAGACGCUCAACCAUGGAGCCACCCAGGUGCCCUGGAAUUGUGCAUUUUGACAGAUAAGGAAGAGUGGCAGGGGCCAGACUUGAGGGUAUACAGGCUGGAAAGGGAUGAAGAAGUGAAGUCCGAGGAAGCCCUGGAGCCUGAGGCGCCACGUCAAAUGAGGAGGUAUGAGAGGACAGGGCCCCUGUGGAGGAGGCCUGGGCUCCGGCCCACAGUCAAGCUCACUGCAUUGUCGAAUGGCAUCUCCGUAGCACAGGUCCUGGCUUCAUGGAAGCAGGAUGGGCUUUUACAAGUCAGACACCGAGAAGUCAGCCCAGGCAGCACAGGCAGCACAAGUUGAUCUGGAGAUGAGGUAACUUCCACUGGCCCUUGGGCAGAAUUUCACGGCAGAUGCCAGGCUGACUCUGGGGCCAUGAUGUUGCCUGGCCCUUCUGCCCACUGAGAGCAGGGCCAGGGGAUGGGUGUUGCCUCUGAAAGAGAGGGGCGACACAGAGACCAUGAAGGAACGGACUCAAAAUCACACAGUGGAAGGUUUGCCUUCUCCAGCUACUGACGGGCUCCAAGAAAAGGAAGGCAAGCCCCAAAUGCUGGUACCGGUUACACUCCGGGAUGUGGCUGUGGUCUUCACGGAUGAAUGGAAGGGACUAAGCUCUGAACAGAGGAACCUCUACAAAGAAGUGUUGCUAGAGAAUUAUAGGAAUCUGCUCUCGUUGGGUAAGGAUGUGUUCUUUCCUUCAUUAAUUCAGUAG